GUAGCACUCAGGUGCUAGGAUUUUCUUUGGUUAAAUUUUUACCCUCGAAUGCAUUAAGAAUAUAACUAAAUUUAUGAAAUGUGACAAAACUGUGCAGUAUAUAUCAGUAAAUUAAUAGUAUAGAGUUUGAUAUCAUCGUGCUUGCGGCUCACCGUCCGAUGUGAGCGAUCAUUAUUACUGCAGUGUUUGCUGCGAAACGUUCUUACCAUGUCAACUAAAUACGAUAACAAUGAAGCUGUGGCGAAUUUCGUCGAGUAUUUAAAAAUACCAAGUGUGCAACCAAACAUCAACUAUGACGACUGCGUAGCAUUCUUAAAGAAACAAGCUAAUGGACUUGGCCUCGCCGUGAAAGUGUAUGAAAUGGUGCCACGCAAACCCAUAGUGGUAUUAACAUGGCCUGGCAAAGAUCAAUCGCUACCUUCCAUUCUUCUGAAUUCCCAUAUGGACGUCGUGCCUGUUUUCGAAAAUAGUUGGACAUAUCCUCCAUUCAGCGGUCAUAUCGACAAGGACGGCAAGAUCUUUGCUCGAGGCUCCCAAGACAUGAAAUGCGUCGGUAUUCAAUAUCUUGAGGCUAUUAGGAAACUGAAAAACUCAGGAGUGCAGUUGAAGAGAACUUUACACGUUUGUUUUGUGCCUGACGAAGAAAUUGGAGGCCAUGAUGGAAUGGAAAAGUUUGUCCUCCACAAGGAUUUUAAAGACCUAAACGUGGGUUUUGCGUUGGACGAAGGGAUGGCAAGCCCGAAUAAAGAUUUUAUUUUGUUCAACGGUGAACGAAGCAUUUGGCAAAUUCAUGUUCAUUGUACUGGCCAACCCGGGCAUGGUUCAUUGUUAUUCCCAAACACCGCUGGAGAAAAGUUGCGGUAUAUCAUCGAUAAAUUCAUGGACAUGAGAGCUGAACAAAAGAAGAUUUUGGACAGUAAUCCAAAAUUGACUAUUGGUGACGUCACAACUAUCAACUUGACCCAAGUAUACGGUGGAGUCCAAUCUAACGUUGUUCCUGAGAAAUUGACUGUUGUCUUUGAUAUACGUUUAGCAGUUUCUGUAAACCAUGAAGAGUUUGAGAAGAAGAUCAACGCAUUGUGCAAAGAAGCUGGUGACGGAGUCACAUUUGAAUUUGAACAAAAGAACGCAUUUGUAGAAGUGACUAAACUGGAUAGUACCAACCCAUUUUGGGAAGCGUUCAAAGCUGCAGCCGACGAGUUAAAAUUGAAACUUGACUGCAGAAUAUUCCCGGGUGGUACUGAUAGCAGAUAUGUUCGCCAAGUUGGCAUUCCAGCCCUGGGCUUUUCUCCAAUGAACGAUACCCCUGUUCUUCUCCACGACCACGACGAAUUCCUAAGCGCUGAUAUAUUUUUGAAAGGAAUUGAUAUUUACGUAAAACUACUGACAGCCGUUGCUAAUGUAUAAAGCUUUUUAUGAUACUCUUGGUAUAAUCAUUUUAAUAGUAUUUAUAUAAUCGUUCAUGCUUACUCCAAGAGUAGAAUACUGAAUAUACUACAAUAUAAUUAUGUAGCAACCUACCACCUGUGCCUUCGUGUAAAUUUAGGCAGGUAAUUCUUGCAUUUAUUUUCAGUACGUAUAAUUUUCAAUGAUUUUAUUUUGUAACUGUAUUUUAGGGUGCCUGAAUGGUACGGUACUAAUAAACGUAAACAUAUCGAUGUUGUAAGAAUCAAAGUGUUAAUAUUAA